CUAAAAAGGACACGACUACAAAACACAAGACCAGCGCAGGAGACUAAGCAGAUUGCCUGACUGGCUAAUCGCGUUCGUCAUAAAAAUAUUGAAUCGAGCAUUGUUUUAAGAUAUUUUUUUUGUCCCGCUGUUAUAUAAAGUAUUUUUUUAAACCCAUCCAUAUUUUUGUAUAUUGAAUUUAGAUGUGUAGUUGUACUUUAGUUUGAAGGCAAAGCAUCGGUACGCCUUGAGUCUGAGGGAGACGUGUCCCACAGGAAGCGCGUUCGUUACAGCGAGGAAACAGGCGCCAUUGUGGUUCCAACAAGAAGCCAUAUUAGCCUGAUCGCAAUGGUGGAUUUGAGCCAGCAUGGUGUCUAAGUGGAACAGUUUCAUGACAGUUGUUCUUGCUGCUACUGGCGUGUAGAGGAGCAUCAUCACAGGUUUCCGAACUUGGACAAGGUAGUCAAGAGAUCCAAAGCCAGCAGUGGCUGUACUUUUUUGUGUGCAGGAUGGCACGGGUGGUGUUCCUCCAUCCUGACCUUGGUAUUGGUGGAGCAGAAAGACUGGUGGUGGAUGCUGCUGUUGCUCUGAAGUCUCAGGGAUGUAGCGUUCAGAUCUGGACGGCUCAUUAUGACCCAUCACACUGCUUCUCUGAGACCCUGGACCCAGAACUGCCCGUGGUAUGUGUGGGUGACUGGCUACCCACAAGUGUGUUUGGUUACCUACAUGCCCUGUGUGCCUACCUGAGGAUGAUCUAUGUGGCCCUCUAUCUGGUCUUCCUCAGCGGGGUGGAGUACGACGUCAUCUUCUGUGAUCAAGUGUCAGUGUGUAUCCCGGUGCUGCGACUUUCCCGUCACAGGAAGAAGGUUUUGUUUUACUGUCACUUCCCAGACCAGCUGCUGACCCACAGGAAGUCGGCCCUAAAGAAGCUUUACCGUGCUCCCAUCGACUGGCUUGAGGAACGCACCACUGGCAUGGCUGAUAUGAUUCUGGUAAACAGCCAGUUCACCGCAGGCAUCUUCAGGGAGACCUUUCAUCGUCUAAGAGGAGUCCAGACAGAUGUCCUGUAUCCCUCCCUCAACACACGUACCUUUGACCAGACGUCCACUGAAGCACAGGGCCUGGAAGGGCUGCUCCCUGAGGGAACCUCCUGUCUGUUCCUCUCUCUGAACCGAUACGAGAGAAAGAAGAAUUUGGGUCUGGCUCUGGAGGCUCUUGCAAUCCUGAGGAGCACCCUUCCUCCAGGCCAAAGAGCAGGCAUUCACCUGGUGAUGGCGGGGGGCUACGAUGAUCGAGUUACUGAGAAUGUUCAACAUUAUACUGAACUGAAAGAGCUGGCAGCGCAGAUCCACUUGGAGAACUGUGUCACUUUCCUGCGCUCCCCCUCUGAUUCACUGAAGGUGGCGCUGCUCCGGGGCAGCUGUGCUGUGCUGUACACCCCGAGCAGAGAGCAUUUUGGGAUUGUUCCUGUAGAGGCCAUGUACUGCUGCUGCCCUGUUAUCGCGGUGAACUCAGGGGGUCCCUUGGAGAGCGUGGCAGACGGGGAGACCGGCUUCCUGUGCGAGCCCACGGCAGAGGCCUUCUCUAAGGCCAUGGAGAGGCUCGUGAGGGAGCAGCAGCUCCGCAGGGACAUGGGACAAGCUGGGAGGAGGAGGGUACAAGAUAAAUUCUCUCUUCAGGCCUUCUCAGACCAGCUGUAUGGGUACAUUGUCAGGCUGAGCCAGUGAUGUGAAAGCUGGAGGAGAGGCAGGAGACUGUGGAAAAAUGAUCCUUUACUGAACUGUGAACUGUGCACUGUGCAGAGAGUUGAAGUGGGAUGUCUUCUAACAGAAUGUAUGUGUAUAUGUGCAGGGGGGCAGGGGUAUUAUGAGGACAAUCAAUCAGCAUUCCCCUGGAGGGGUUGCUGAGAGGGAAAAAAAGGACAGAAUCUCUAUACCAAUUAAGAAAAGAGUAACGAGUUUACCUACCCUAUCUCUGGAAAAAUACCACCCCUGCAAGUGUGUACGCGCGUGUACGUGUAAUGUUGCAUGUGUAGCAGCGCAGCAACCAAGAGCCUAGCAAAUGAGCGUACCAACAGGAUUGAUUGUUAGAGUUGUUAGAGUUUUGCACUGUGUAUGGUUUAUUUUUCUUGCUUUCCUACAGUAGUCUUUGUCUUUGUGUAUUUGGGGGAUGAACAAGAAGAAUGUAGUUACCGCCAUGUGCCAUCAGGCAGUGCACAGUCCCAGAUCGAUAAACAGGAUGCUUUUCACUACUUCCUGUCCGCCCAGAGCUUUGUUCCCCUCCUCGCAUUCAGAAGAUGCUGGCCUGUCCAUGACUCUUGCUGCUGCGUGGAGGUUAUUAGCAGAUGAUAGAGAGUGUUUGGCUUUAUUAGAGGUCUGGCUGAUGGGCAGUGUGUCUUUGUCUGGGUCAUUAUCAACUAGGAGAAUAGCAGAAGGUCAUUGUGUCUGUGCGCUGGCCUCCUCAGCUCUGCUACUGUAUAGAAAUGCUCUUAUUGACAUUCCUGAAGUCUUAAUAAACAAGAGGACACAUAGUUUCCUGACUCUUACGGAGUUUGCUUUGUUGGUAAGUUUUUUAUUUUUUUGGCCUUUAAUGGAAUUUGGUAAGGAUUUUGUUGGGUGUGUGUGGAGGCACGGAAAUGUUGUUACUGUUGCGCCAUCCUUUUUGAGUUGUUAAAUAAAACAAUCUUAGACAAAGUAGCAGCAAGGAGGAGUUUUAUUUUUGCUCAUUAACAAAGUCAGCGUGAUAGAUGUACAUAAGAGUCACCACAGCAGAUCGUACAUUUGUGUCUCCAUCCGUUGCUGCAUUAUCAUUUGCAGAGUCCGAGUUGUAUUGACAUGCACAUAAUUUUUUUUCUUAAUGGUAAUCUAAAAAUAAAAAGAGUAAAUAAAUGACUGGAACAUUGAACAACAGGCUGAUUGGCUACAGAUCUCAUAUUUAUCACACCACGCAGUCACUCUCUGAACCUACCUGGUUAGACACAGCGUGGCCGUAUCGAACAAAUGUGGCGAAAUGCUCACUGUUGAAGUUUAUCAGGUCGUAUUUGAACUCCUGGUGCAGAAAAGUCUCGCAUCAGCUCCUCAUUGUCUCGUGUGGAGAUGGAACUAGGUUGUACUUGUUGUUGACCCUGAUGCAAGUUCCUGGAGGCACUUUGAUCUCCGUAAUGUGCUGUGUGCAGAUUCUGGUCUUCUUCAGAACACGGUCACCUUUUGACUUUGGAACCAUUUGCUGAACGAAGCUGCGGCAGGCUUUCUGUGCCGUGUUCUCAUCUUGGUAUUACAGGGAAAUAAAGAAAGAAAGUGAUAAAAGAGAUGAUAUUUCCGUAAAAUAAACCUGCUAUAGUUCAGUUUUCUGAGUAA